AUGGCCCUCAUGCUGAUGUCACCUCUGUUCGCGCUGAUGUUGCUGCUGCUGGUGUUCUCCCUCCUCUUGAGCCCCACUAUGGCGCUCCGCCCCACUGACACCUACAGCAACCCAGGCACCAUCACCACCACUGCCACUACCACUACCGCCACCGCGGCUAACACCGCCUCCAGCACCAACAGCGCUGCACUCGCAGCCGUCUCGGAGGGCGCUAAUGGUGGUGGUGCUCAUGAUGGUGCUGCUGCUGAUGAUGAUAAUCUGCUUCCGGCUGCUGCUGCUGCUGCUGCUGGUGACAACGUCUCGGGAGGUGCUGACGCUGAAGUUGCUAACGCCGAAGUUGAUAUUAACAACGGUUGUGGUGUUACCGUCGCUGGUAUUGCGGCAGCAUACACCGCAGCGGCACAAACAGCGCCCCGUGACUGCGGCUCAUUGUUGUCAGAUCUGUCACCUGCGGCACGUGAUCGCCACCGCGGCAUGAGGCUGUUGUCCUGGAGCCGGAAUCUGAAGCAGCAGGGCAUCACCUUGAAGACGUCGGUCAAGACUGCUCGCGUGGACUACUCCCGGGAGGUGAAGACGAGCGGCUGA